AUGGCCGUCACAAAAGAGGGCGUCGCAGGAAAAAAUGCAUGCAAAGACAUAUGUAAAACCCAGUCUAUUUCUGCGUAUGCUUGUGUCUUGUUAUUGAACAUGACCAUCUCUUCAUUGCUAUAUUCAUUCGCAAAGACAACUGCACCCUCACUCAACGUCCGUUUUUGGAAGCCAUUGGAUUCAUGGGUAGAUAUCAGUGUUUUAAUGUGUUGGAAAAUGACUGAACUGGGUAUUGGGUGGUUUGCGGGCUACGAUAGUUACGAUAUGGGAGCUCUUACUUUAUUAUCGCAUAGUCCGCCACUCUACCUACUCGUAACUUUCUAUGAAAUGGCACCGACAGUCAUGGCCUCUUUUCUCCUCAUCGAUAUUUUUGUGGCCUACAUUUCAUUUCGAUUCCUUCGUUCAAUCUCUCUCGCCCACACUAUUGAUUCACACCAAAAUUUAUCAUCUAUCACGAACAGUCAGAUUCUAACAUCAAACGUCAUUCAGGCGUACCUUGUGAUAUGUACUGCGUCUUUAUAUGCAGUGACUAUCUUCACAGCAUACAGAACCUUCCUACCAUUUUACCUAGUUACCUACUUCAAUAAUAUUCCAAAUAUCACUGCGGUUCAUAGCCCUUUUUACAUAACGCAAUUCCCAGCAACUCUUUUGCUCGGACUUGCAGUCAAAUGUUUUGUUUUUACCCCGUCUUUAAUUACCCCGGAUCUAAAUCAGGCUGUAGCUCAUUCCAAGGCGGCGAUGGUGCCAAGAAUAUUACACUAUUGCAUGCGCGGGUUCCGACCUUGGACGCGAGUGAUUAUCACUCGUACUAUUACUUUAAUGUUUGUGACUGGCACCAACACAUUUGUGCAAACUCACUUCGCAGUCAAGGGAGUAGAAUUUACAGGCGCGUUGGUAUACUCGGCGCUUUGGACUUUUGCAUCCGGCACAACAGGACUUGCUUUGGGCUUAAUCGCGGUGGCAUAA